CAGCUAAACCACCUAGCGUUAUAUAAAUCAUUUUUGUAUAGCAAAUGUUAUUUCUCUGGAUCGUGAAAAAACACUGAGAGGAGAAUGAAAUGUCUAAAAACAGAUGACUACCUUCAACGAAUAUUGUGUCUUAAAGACACAGUGGUUCUUCACGAUGAGUUGAAGAAACAUGUAGUUGAUGGCCUCGGCCAAUGGGGCCGGACGGUGUGUGAUCGUAUCAUUCGAGCAUGCAACCAGCGGCUUGGUGCUGGAGCCUUGGAGCUGGAGCAUUUAGAGUGUUUGGUGGAUCUCGUAGAGCUAGCCGUGCAGGGCUACGGGCUGAUCACAGAGCCCAGGACACAGGGCUGCCCCUUUUAUCUGGAGAAAAUAAUCUUCCACAUCCUGCAGAAGUUGGUUACUCAAGGAGCUCAUGGUCCUGCUAGCCGACUUGGGGAAAUCAUGUAUGUCAAACUACAGGGCUCAUCGACAGAGGCUGAAGACUUCCGUGUUCUGGUGCGGAACUGUUUUGCAGUGCUAUGGAACAGUCUCCUGCUUUCAGGUUCUUGUGGCUCUCGGGCCUCCAGCCUGCCUCCCAGAGAGCGACUCCAUUGGCAGCUACAGGCUCUGCUCUUCCGGCUGCUGGAGGACACGGCCACCCCACCAUCCUCCCUGUCCAAGGUGCCUCUGUUUGUGGAGGAGGCGGUAGGCGAGUAUGCGCAAGCCUGCGGGGGCUUGUCCCAGGACGAUGGCGUGUUUUUACUCUCUGAGCUGCGGGCGUGUUUCCUUGGCCCCUCACUUGGUGAGCAUGCUAUUGGGGACUCCAAGUUGCCUCUGCCCUUGCUGGCUGUGAGGUGUCAGGUGGUGUUAAAGAUGUGCAGGCUCCUGUGUAAGAGCAGGCUGUGGGCCGAGGCCACGCUGCUGGUGGAUAGCGCUCUGGAGAUGGCUCAGCGGAUCAGCGACGUUCUAUGCCCACCUCUAGGCCUCAUCAGUAGGGCAGUGCAGCUGCACUGUGCCCUUAGCUCUGGGGAGGAAUGCAGCAAGAUUUUCACAGACUGUGCACGUGUCCUGAGAGGGCUGCCUGCUGCUUUGGGAGAUGCAGGCUGUAUCAUACUGGAGGCGUGUCAGUUGGUCCUCUGGGCAACAGAGAUGGGGCAAGCAAAAGGGAUGGGUGGGACUUCAUUGCUGGCCUGUUUUUCUUUCUUGGAGGAAUAUCAGGAGCUUUUGCUGAAACAGCAGCAGAGUUCGUUCUCGCAGCAGCUGCAGUAUUCACUGUGCUUCAGUCUGUACCAGGGCUUCAUGAGCACCUACGACAGCCUUCGUAGCUCACAAGAAUCACUUGGUAAUUCUCUCAACAGAGUUAUGUUAUACUGCCAGGCAACGUUAGGAUGUAUGAUGAAUGAACUACGCAAAUUGUCAAAUGACAGCUUCUUACUCAAAUCAGUGUGUGCGGUGAAUAAUGUAGUGUAUGAGUUAUUUAACAGGAAAUUGUAUAAGGAAGCAUUUGGACUGGCUGAGAUUGUAUGUCAGGAAUUGAAUAAGGACUGCCCUGCCUCUCUCCCUGUGGACAGAGUGAACCGCUGCUUCAUGCUGGUUGUGCAUUGCAGUCGUCGGGCAGCCCAGCUGGAGAGGGCUCUAGACUGGGUGGUGCGAUGGAUUCAGGUUCUAGGCGUACGGGUCCUAGAUCACCUUGCGGAGCCAGUCUCGCUGUGGGUCAAAACCAAGUGUGAUGCUGCACGUGCAGGAGAAGAAGACGCGCGCCUCAGGACACUGCGUGAUGGUUUGGGAGCAUCACCUGUGGAUGAGGAGGUGAUGGUGUGUCUGCUGGAGGAGGAGCUGCGUAUAUAUAAAGAACAGGCUGGUGACACGGCACAGGAACGCUAUAACACUCUCUGUGACCUCCUGGAUAUCUGUCAUGAAGACAGCACACACACACUUAGGCGUGCCUCAUACCUGUGUGAGAUGGCACAGGUGGUGUGUUAUCAGGACUUCAGUCAGCAAAUUGACUGCACUGCAGUUGAUUUUACCCAUGAGGCUCUGCGCUUGUUGGAGGAGGAGCCAGAGACAGCUGACAAUGCUGAUAGACUGAAGGAUGAAAAGGCACACACCUCUCUCUGGCUCUUCAUCUGCACACUCGAAGCUCACCUCCAGGAGGCGCUUGAUAUAGAGAAGCGUCUACGUGCAGUGCAGGAGGGCAGUAAGUGCGGUGGGAGUUUGGAGCCGGUUCCCACCAAUGAUCUGGAUUAUGAAGACAAACAGAAACUCCAGGAGAGUCAGCUGGUGUAUGACGGACUCCGCUUCAACCUGGCAGAGCACAAUAAACAUUGUGAGCCUUUGGAUAGAUGUUUAUCUCUCUGGGAGGCAUUGCUGAAGGAGGGAUCGAUGCCUGCAGUGAGAGAUCCCAAAAGCACUGCCUCCUCCAUCUUGCUGAUGGCUGCCCUCUACUCACUGAUGGCCAAGCCACUGAGGGCUCUGCAGAGCUAUCAGCUGGCUGCGACUCUGCUCCAACUCCUCGGUGAUGGCCAGAAUAGUGCCAGUGCGCUCUGCCACUCUGCCAAACUCCUGCUGGACUUGGGAUCUCCCCAGCUUGCUCAGUUGCAGCUGGAGCAGGCAGAGCAGUCCUUGGCUGGAGAAGCAGACUCUGAGGGCAUCACUAUCAUGUCAGUUACAACCAGACUGCUGAGAGCUCAUCUCUGCUACUCUCUAGGAGAGGUAGAGCAUGGUUUGUCCAGCCUGUGUGAUGUCUUAAAAGAGACAGCACAGCAUCACUCUAAGAGCUGGUACAUGCUAAAAGCUCGAGCACUACAGACAGCCAGCAUCUACCUCAGUCUGGAAACAAGCACUCUCCCGCCAAACCUGCGCCAAACCAUCGUCCAGCAUGGUGUGAAGACUCCAGACACGGCCCAGUAUGAAGCGCUGAAGUUGCUGUGCAGUCUGGUGAUGAUGUUGUUGGGAAAUGGCUUUUAUGGAGCACCUGGUCACAACGUGGACACUCGCUUUGUCGACCAAGGGGACAGUGUGCUGUUUAAAUGGCUGUUACUAAGUGAGGUGUUGCUGUGCUCUGAGAGGGUGGUGUGUGUGAGGAGUAGUGCUGGGGCAGCUCAUGAGGCCAAGGCCCAGUGCUUGGAGGCUCUUAAACUUGCCACUAAGCUACACACCUUCACCCACUGUGCUGACAUGUUGGUGAUGAAGGCUGAGCUGGAGUUGAUGAAAGGAGCAAGUGAAGUCAGUGCUUUAGAUUUGGAACAGGUCAGAAACCUGCUGGAUCUUUGCACAGACCUUGGCGAUCAGCAGCAGCAGAAAUCUGAGCUCAAAAUAAAACCUCGCAAAGGCCGACCAGCUGCUCAGACCUCUGCCACCCUGGCUCCUGAGGAUGAGGAGGAAGACCUCCGCGGCCUCCUGAGUUGUCGUGCGCUGGGCCGGGAGCCCGUGGAAGCACUGUCUGAGCUAGGCCAGGAAGCGUCACCCCCUCUGAAGCCCAAGCGGCAGCGCAUGCUAGCCUGCCUGACCCACGGCGAGGGCUGUUCUUGUGCCUGCUGCAGUGAGCCCAGCCUGGGCCGCGUGGCCGUCCGCUGGGCCCUGGCACAGGCACACCUCCAUGACGAGUCACCAAACUCCCAUAGACUACGCUACUUCGCCAAGCUGCGUUGUCGUAGCGUUACCGUUAAGCUACGCGUCCACCUGGCUACCCUCCUGUCCACUAAAGGGCUAGCUGGUCCCACCCCGUCCCUGCUGAAGGCUGAGCUUGGCAGGGCACAUCUGGGCUCGGUGCUGAUGCAGCUUCGCUGUGGGGCAGAGGAGAAGGGCAAGGCUGCUGCCCUGUGGGAGGAGAUUGAGGCAGGGCUAGAGGCUGUGGAACCUAAAGGGGCCAUGUAUCCAGAGCUGGCCCCUCUUAGGGCGGCCCUUCUCAGGGCUAAGGCAGAGGCCUGCCUCCUGGCCCUAACUGGGAAACGGCAGUGCAGCUCUGAUGAUCUCUUCUCCUCCGUGUGGGGCUGGACCCCACCACUGACAACAGCUGCUCCCAAGGUCAAAAAGCAGUCCAAACCUAGAACAGAACAGACCCAUCCAAAGUGCUCCAGCAAUGACAAACUUCUCCCAGCAGUGGGGACAUCUGCUAAGAACCUCCCUGAUGGCAACAGAGUGGCCUCCAAAGAGCACUCUACUAAGAAGACCAAAGAAGUGUCUGCUGCUUCCUCAAAGAAAGCCAAGGACUCCGUGCCUAAAAUCAGUAAUGCAAAACAUGGCAUGGAAUUUAAAACGCCCCGGGCAACCAGGACCCCCCGCCCCAAAUCUACAUCCUUGGUAACUCCUGCCCUCCUAGCUGGGGACCUGAGUGCAUUUGACUUCACCAGUGAGGUGCCUGAUAUCUCCACCCCAAUACCAGUCUCCAAGGCCAUGCCUGGCAGCCGCAGACCUGCAAGGACAAAGGUUGCUUCAAAGGGCUCCUUCCAGGUGUUUAAAGACUCUUCUCCUCAACAGGAAAAUACAGUAGAUGUUCCAGCUGCACCCAAACGGACCAAGCGCUCACGAUUUAAGGUUGACUUUAGUGAUGAGAGUGAUGGUGAGACGGCUCCCCCUGCUGUGAUGGAGUCAGAAACAAAGGGCUCUGUCUCAUGUAAAACCCGUUCAGCACCCAAACCAGCCUGUAAAGUCUCUGAGGAAGCCGUGGCACCCAGAAGAACAAGGGUCAGUAAGCAAAGCACGGCCCUCUGCACCAGCGGCCCCUCCUCUGAGGAUGAAACAAGUGUGUCCACGCAAACCCGGUCCCGGCGGCAACGGCCCAGAAGAGGUCCGAGCUCCAAGGACCUCGACCAACCAGAGAGAAUGAGGAUGAUCAAAGAGGAUGAGGAUGAAGAUGGUCUAGAUGUCAGCCUGGAGGACCUUCAGGAGUCUGAGACGCUAAGUGGCAGUCCAACAGGUGGCCCUGUUGCUGAUUUUGAGGUCCUGAGGAGAGACUUGGGAGCAGAUCUGAGCAGAGAUCAUGUGAAUGAGUUGAGGAGCUCGGUGCAGCCGGGCUUAGGCAUGCAUACUCCACUACCCCACACACACGUGGCACCAGGUGAGCUCUCUCUAGAUGUGGUCAAGUCACUCCUGUCCUCCUCUUGGCUCCUCCUACAUCAUUUUCCGAGCCCCUCCCUCUAUCCUCAUGUGUGCUCAUUACUGGUUCAGUUACUGGGCCUUUCUGAUCCCAUCACCACGGCAAUGCUUCACGCUCAGUCACUCGGAGUGUCUACUCGCCAUCAGAUGACCCGGCACCUUGCUAAUCGGCUUAGGAAGCUGAAGAAGUCUGGAGGUGACAUAGCAACGAGUCUGAGUGCUCUGAGUCUGGAGGAGUCUUCCACACAGUCCCAAGCAAAGACACUAACUGCACUCGAGAACAUCUACUCCUUUACUUCCAUCCAGCCAACACAGUUCCCUCAAACGCACUGCCAGGAGUUCACACGGCAGCUCGGAGACCUGCCAGCAGGUGUGACCGUGUGCCUACUUUCUCUUGUGGGCGUAUGUCCUGGUGAGGUUGGCAACACCAUCCUUCUUACACGACUGGAGUGUGACUCUGCCCCCAUUACCAUAAGGAUCCCAACCGCACACACGCAUUGCUCGAUGGCUGCACUGCUGGAGGAGAUGGAAGCAGUCCUGCAGGGGCAAAAGCAAGUGAGCGGCGUGGCGGACAAAGUGCAGUGGUGGGAGGGCAGGAAGGCCUUGGACACUCGCGUGCAGAAACUGAUUGACAAGAUGGAAGAGGCUUUAGGAGUAUGGCGAGCUUUACUGCUCCCCUUGACCUCUGAUCCUGAGCUUUUGGUUCAACUGAAAUGCCUUGAACCCCUACUAACAGGAACAAAGAUCACUGUUGACAUGUUAAAGAUGGUUCUGUCUGCGGCUCCACUACUUGCCCUCUCAGACCUGCAGUCUCUGGCUAAGGGAGUAUGUCUGCUGGAAGGUGACUUCCUGAAGGUGCUACAGAAGGGUGUGUCUGAACUGAGAGGGAGAGAGGAGCCUAAAGGACACACAGUCUUAAUUUUAGACAAGUACCUUCAGAGGUUGCCAUGGGAGAACAUCCCUUGUUUGAAGCCUCGUUCCGUCACUCGUAUGCCUUCACUACAUUCUGUACUGGGACACAGUCAUCUCCAAGAAGUGGAUCCUGACUCUGUGCAGUCAUGUGGUGUAGAUCCUAAGCAGGUUUAUUUUGUUCUGAACCCAGACAGAAACCUACCUGAGACUGAAAAGCGCUUCAGAGACUGGUUUACUAGUGAACCGGCCUGGCAGGGGGUAUGUGGCGCUCCUCCCGAUCCUGAUCAGCUGCAGGAGGCUAUAUCCACAAAAGACUUGUACAUCUAUGUGGGACAUGGCGCAGGGGUGCGCUUCCUGGAUGCCCAGAGGCUGCAGCGAGGGCGAGUGCGAGCAGUGGUUCUGCUUUUUGGGUGUAGCAGUGCUGCACUCAGCAUGCAGGGCUGCCUCGAGGGAAAUGGCAUUGUCCUCAGCUACCUCAUCGCCGGAUGUCCAUUGGUGUUGGGGAAUCUGUGGGAUGUGACGGAUCGUGAUAUAGAUCGCUUCACUUCUGCCCUCUUGCAGUCCUGGCUUUCUAGUGGCUCAGGGUCCUCACUGUUCCAUCACCUUGUCAAAUCCCGUGAUGCCACACACCUCAAGCACAUAAUUGGAGCUGCACCAAUUGCAUAUGGUCUGCCUGUACAUGUGCAGUAGGACAAUGGCUAUAUGUCCUGAUUUUACAGUGAUCACUUGUAAAUAAAACUUUUAUUUUCCAAGUGAAGUGAGGUAACAUCACCUUUAGCGGAGGUGAAAACCUCCAGUCCUUGGACAUGAGUCUUCCAUAGUUUGGCAAUUAAUAGUUCAAGCUUUGUGUUCCUUAACUUUUUUAAAAAAUUUUAGGCAUUUGGAUUCAUGCUGUUUUAAUUUGUGUAAACUUUAAUUUUUGUUUUGGAAAAUUGUGCUUUUGCUUUUAACUUGAGCUGUUCCUAAGAUUUUAAACUAUGGUAUUACAAACAUGUAAUUUAUAUUAAAUCCAUGCGUGAUUAAAAGGAUUUGCAAUUUUAUUUAUUUAUAAAUUACAUUAGUUUUACAGCAUUUUGGAACAUAGUUUGAGUGUAAUUGACCAAAAUUAAACUUUUUC